AUCCUUGCACUCUUGGGUUGAGUCCAGUCCAGCAGCGUGUCAUAGUUGCAGCGCGCACGAAACGACCAACCGCUCAUACCGUCGCCUUAUCCGCCAACAGAGACUCAACGGGCCGCGCCCAGCAGCGUUCGUUCGCAUGGCGUCAAGCUACGCCGCGGCUGCCGCUGCAGCCACCAUCUCGCCGUGCCUCUCUCGGCGCCAGAACCAUCGCAGCCCCGCGCUCCCUCAUCUCUCCCCGUUCCGGCAGCAGCCGUGCAGCCUUACCACCGGCGCCCCCUGGACGUGGACGUGCGGCGCCAGGAGGCGGGUGAGACACGAGGAAGAAGACGGGGACGAUGAAGAGGAGUACGGGCACAACGAGGAGAUGGCGCGGCUGGAAGCGUACAGCGAGGGGGCUCGCGACCAAGCCCUCCUGGUGAAGGCCAGCGUCGACGGCGAGCUUGAGGUCGUGCUCGUCUUCAAGGGCUUCUCGUCGAGCUUGAGCGGGAGGACGGCCCCGGAUCCGGCGAUGAGCGUCCUGCCGGAGAGGGCGGUGAUACAGUCGGUUGACGUGGUGAAGGGGCCAUUUGACCCAACCAACAUCGAGUACCUGGAGAAGGAUUUGUCGUGGGACGACUUCAAGAGCCGCCUCCAGUAGCACAACAACUCGGGCAAAAGCUUGUAGAAUUUGUAGACUGCUCUGUCUCAAGUUUUGUCGUGGGACGAGUUCACUUGUUGAUCGAGGAAUGAAACGACCGUAUAAACUCUCAAAUGAACAAACAGGCACAUUGGAAUAAUUUUUUUUUAGCACAUUGGAAUUGGAGUAAAUUUCAAAGAA